UCAACUUCAACUCUUUUAAUUUUCUUGUCUCCCGCAUUCUUUUCGAUACAAAUUAGCUCGACAUAUAAAUGAGCUCGUUUAAAAUUGCCUCGCUUCUGUUCCGCACGCUGUCAAAGCCAGUGGCCAAUGCGCUGAAGCAACAAGCAAAGUCGCAUGACAUAUUUCGCUCACUUUGCAUCAACGUGGCGCAAAUCGCGCAUCGCACAGAGAUGAACUGGAAGAUGAAGGUGCUCGGGUACAAGAAGGAGAUCAUCCGGCCACUCAACGAUGCUCGAGCAAUUGACGCGGGCGCAAACUUCCUCGGUGAGGCCUUCAUAUUUAGUGUGGCUUUGUCGCUCAUAUUUGCCGAGCAAGUGCGCAGUAGGAAGCAGGCGAAGAGGCAGAGGAACGCUGUGGACGACAGAUUGGAAGAAUUAGAAAGGGAUAUGGCGGAGCAUAAGGAGGAGCUGGCGAGGGUGAAGGAGGAGCGCGGCUUGUUGAGACAGGAGCUGGGUGAGUUGACCCAGGAGACCGAUACGCUUAGCGGGGUGCUCAUGCAGGUGCUGGGUAGGGAGAUGGAAAAGAGGGGCGUUGCCAGGGGGCAUCAGCCAGCGCAGAUCAGCCAAGAGAUGGUCGAAAGGUUUGAGAAUGGCGAAAAUGUCGACUCUUCGCUUCGGGAAGCCAUCCAGAGCUCGACAAAAACAGCCUGAUAAUACAAUAGACAGCCACUGCAUUUUUUAAGAAAAUAAAAAAUUAAGUCAACUUGAAA